CAUAUGCUCGAUAAUACUCUUUAAACCCAAAUGCUACAAUAAACACAUUAAUCAUGUGUGUUAUUUUUUAUUAAUCAACAAAUUGUGGUAUUCUAUCCUGUUGAACCAACGGUUCUGAUCUCACGCAAGUCUAUAAAUCCCUAAGUAACGGCACACCACCAAAUCACUCGGAACGUUAAUGUGAUGCUUUUUACGGUUGGCCGCGACGUCGUAUAACCAAACCUGUUCGUCCAAAACACGCAGAGAAGACGAACAGAACAAAGCUUUGCCUUUUUUUACCCUAGCGCUAUGCCUCGUGAUUCGAGAAGCAUUUCCCAAUUUUAGGGUUUCGUUUGUUCAUUCAUUCAUUUUGUGUUAGGUUUUCGAAUACUUAUGCUUUUAGGCUCUCAUCUCACGAUCACAAGUAGUAAACUGUCUCUGUAUUUCUAUAGUUCCACGCAAUCUAUCUGAAGUGUAUAUAUAUAGAAAGAGAUUGUGUGUUUUGGAGUCAGAGAGAUAUAGAAAUGGAAGCUAGAGUGGGUGUGGUGGUUGAAGGAGGAGGGCAGAGAGCUCUCAGUUCGGGCCAUGGGAGCGCCGUCUUAGAAGGCGGUGCUGCGCAUAAAUUGGUGGCGCAACAGAGGUCACUGCAACGGAAUUCGCAGAUUGGAACGAUUCCGCAGCUUCUUGCCGGCGGCGUUGCUGGCGCCGUAAGCAAGACCUGUACGGCGCCGCUCGCUCGCCUUACCAUACUCUUUCAGGUGCAAGGAAUGCACUCUGAUGUUGCUACCCUGAAAAAGACAAGUAUAUGGCGUGAGGCUUCUCGUAUUGUUGGUGAAGAAGGAUUCCGGGCAUUUUGGAAAGGAAAUCUGGUUAUGAUUGCUCACCGUCUUCCUUAUUCGUCUGUCAGCUUUUAUUCAUUUGAACGCUACAAGAAUUUACUACAGCUGAUUCUGGGACUGGAAGGUCAUAGUGAGAAUCUAAGUACAGAUCUUUGCAUACGACUUGUAGGUGGUGGUUUAGCUGGAAUAACUGCUGCAUCCGUUACAUAUCCUCUGGAUCUUAUAAGGACACGUCUUGCUGCUCAGACGAAUGUAAUCUAUUAUAGAGGUAUAGGGCAUGCUCUGAGUACGAUUAGCAGGGAAGAGGGUAUCUUCGGCCUCUACAAAGGACUUGGGGCAACUCUGUUGGGUGUUGGGCCUAGUUUAGCAAUUAGCUUUUCAGUUUAUGACACCUUGAGAUCUUAUUGGCAGUCACAGCGGCCUGAUGACUCUCCUGCCCUGGUUAGCCUAGCUUGUGGCAGCCUUUCAGGCAUUGCAUCAUCAACUGGUUCUUGUUGAAUCAUCCUCAACUUGGACUUGUAUAGCGAAUAUCCUUUUAAGUAGAUUUGUUUAUCUGAGAUUGUGUUAUUAGACAUUGCUAGCAUCUAUGAAAGAAGUUAAUUCCUGUAGCUGUCUUCAAUGCUUUUGGUGCAGAGAAGCAGGUUGAGGGGCAGGCUCUGCACUAAUUAUCUAACCAGACUGACCCUCUAGAGCCAGAGACCCAGACAAGUAAUCGGUUUUUAUCUGGCAUUUGAGAAUUUUAGUAAGGAAAUCAUCAAUAAAAAUACAUUUUAUAUUGUCAUUUGCAAACUUCCAUAUUUUUUUAUGUAAGAAUCUUGCUUGAAUCAACUUAAGUUGUUCUACUUAUUCAAUAACUUGGUUCUACAAACAUUGCACUUGGUUUUAACUGUCAAAUACAUAUAUACAUACAUACCAACAUAAUUUGUGUCAAGAGGAGACCACCGAAAAACUCCUCACCAGAUUAAUGCUCUUCUUUAAAUUGUGUCUUCUUUUUUGUCGGGGGGUUGUUAUGAACUCUUUGGCUAUAAGCUAUAUGAAUUAAACCACAGUGUCGCCCACAGUUCCUCAGAUACCUUUAUUGCAAUAUAAGAGGGAUUUGGCAUGUUAGAAAAGGUAUGCAUCUUUAUCCUAGUUUGAAUAUAUAUAUUUUUUUUCAGAA